UGUCACUGCCUCAACUUGCACGGUGACUGAUCAUGGCGGCCAAUGACGUUGCUGACUCUCAUGAUUGCAGCGUUGCCGGGCGAGAGGAGUCCCCUAUCUAGAGGCAAGGGUGUCCGCCACGAGUGUCCUAUGUGACACCGGGUGUGACGCAUGGAAGGAGAUCUGAUCCCUCAUGUCUCACCUCCUUUCCGAGGACACGUCCGUGCGGGGAGCGCAGUAGAGCGGGCGGGUGACAGCUUCGGGUGACCCCUCUACUGAUUCGCACACCAUGGCGCCGGGCGCAAGAAUGGCGGCAGCAAAGUGGCAGGAGCACAAGCAGCGGGCCAGGUCCCGAUGCCCGGAGCGACGGAGUGAGACACGACGCCUGCCACUCAACCGCACGGCCACAAAGUACUUUGCCCCCUGGCCAUUGCUCCAAACGCCGUGAAAGAUGAGAGACAGAAGAGACAAGUCAGACCUCGCCUUCCUGUCGAAGGUUUCCUUCCUUACACACCCACCUCGCAACGCAAUGCCUAUACAGACAGACACCGCCGUCGGCAAUGGGCCCUUCCAGAGACUCAAGUCGGUCCUUCGAGGAGGUCCUCUUCGCACAUACGUCUUGGUGACCAGCAAAGACUCUCCGCCCAAUCUCCCUCCUCCUCCUCCUGCCGACGCUGACCCGCCUGGUGCGCUGUCCUCAGACCUGGGCGUGUACGAGGCUUGCACUACGGAGGAAUCGCUCCCACCUCAGGAAUCCCUCUCGUUGCCUCCUGGCGAUGACUCACCAACACCCCGCCAAGAGCGCUUGAGCACUUCGUCCCGAGAUCGAUCCCGCCGACUCUCCAGCUUAGGCAUGUCCAAGGUCAAGGCUCUCUUGACUUCAUCAUCCUCACCUGGCGUGAGCUCCCCACCGUCACCCACAUCCCGCAGAUCCACUAGCGAGCGCACAUUGACAGACCUGGCGGGCACAACGCACUCCGAAGAGCACCUCGAGAACGACCAGGAGGCUAGGAGUGACGCUGCGUUCGACUCUACCAUCUUUCAGCUGCUUCCUCCAGACCAUGCAGACGGUGUGUAUCGACCAGGUGAUUGUCUCACCGGCAUGGUCACACUGAGGGCCUCACCCGGUGGUGAUAGGCGAGUCGUCAGCGUCAUGAGCACACUGAGAGGGGUUAGAAGAUGUCAUCUCGUUGUCCCCUCGGAUGACUCUGAACCCCUCUAUCGUCAGCAAGAAGUGCCCAAGCGCAGGGAGAUUGGCUUUUCCAAGGUCGAAUUCUGGACAGACCGGUGCUCGCUCUUCACGGAGAGUGACCUCGCCACCCUCAGCACCCCCUCUGACGCAAGCUCAUUGGCAGAGUCUGUCAGCGCGCAAUUCGAAUUUCUCCUACCCAAGAAGCUGCCAGCAACUUGGCUAGAUGAUUACACCGAGGACGAAAUGGCUCGACCGAGGAGACUGAGAGAUAAAUCGCGGCUGCCCAUCGAUCUUCCUCCCUCCCUCGAUGCCUCCUCCAUACCCCUGGGUGGUGCACAGCGUGAGGAGGCUGUCAACAUGCUACAAAAGGCCAGCCAGUGGGUACAAAACUCUCGCUCGGACAAGCCGAGAUGCGGAAGGAUCGAGUACACAAUCGAAGUGGUCGUCAAGCGGCAGAGGAUGGGCUGGACUGGUCGUCUUGGGGUCACAAAGAAGGAGAGGCUAUCAACGCCCUUUACAGUCCAUCCGCACCCACCCUUUUCAGCAACGGUUCCCAUUGCCGUCAAUCAAGCGCCCGCCGUGUUACCAUCUCCUAGCACGUCCAGUCCUGCAGUCCGCGCAGGUCGAGCCUCCCUCAGCAUAGAGCCUUCAUCACCUCCUGGAAGCGGUAUAGCGCAGCGGAGAAGAUCUUUGCAGGUCGAUGUUGGCUCACUGACCGCGCCGAAUAGAGAGGCUCGUCUUGCAGGUAGUCCCUCCAGAGACCUCUCGGAUGACAAUUUGCAGAUCCUCACCAAUGAUCGGGGCAGGCAGCAGGCGUGGUACAGGCAUUCGGCUGUAGAUGCGUCGGGUGGUGUGUACAUGGAGCUCUCCUUUCCCGCCCUUGCUUCAAUAUCUACCGACGUCAAGGUUCCCUUUCUGCUCCGCCUCUCCUUACCUCGAGGCUCUCGUCCCAAAACGGAAACUGUCCGCAUGUCUCUCCUGCGUACAGUCACCUCCACGACCAAGUACGGUACUCUCAAGAUCGAGACUGCCGUUCCCAUGCGGACGCCUGCCGGCCAAGCUGGUGUGAAGGUGGAGGAGUUGAGUAGACGUGAGGAUCGGCUGCGAGUGCGAGACUUGCCGCAUCGAUUGGGUGCAGAGGUGCAGGUGUUCGAGGGAGCCUUCACCAUCGAGGGGUAUACUGUGCCUGCGAGGGAAUCCUCCCCCGAAGAUGUUGCGACGCAAGGAUUCGUGCUGCCGACGCCGGGUACGGUGGGGACGGGCACCUCGAACUUGGUGGACCCCUCUCAGAGGACGGUGCCUUCAUUCACGUUCAAGAACCUCAAGCUCUCCUACAGCCUCCUCGUGCAAGUCGACAUCGACGUACCCUCCGCUUCGCGCCCACAGGCCUUUGAAGAGGGUAUUGGACAGCUCGAGAUUCCGACCAUCUGCGUCGCCAACGACGGAGCGGCAGCAGGUGGUCAUAGUAUGGCAUCACCGCGCAUGGAAGAGGAGCGCUUAGCGCCCGCUGAAAGUGCCGCUGCACCGAGCGCCUCGCAGCUUGCAAGCACUUCCGCCCAGCCGAGCAGGCUGCAAGGACUCCCGACGUACUCCAGUCUCUACCUGCGAGACAUGGCGAGGAGAGCAGCAGGGGAGAGUAGUACACUCGAAGCAGCGGGAGAGAUGGAAGGCGAGGGGGACGCGGAAGGGGACGAAGACAGCUCGACGAGCUGCGAGACUGCACCGGACGGGCUAGAGAAUGAGCAGACCGGUGAUAGUACGCCUCCUGCAAGCUCGGAUACUGCGCAUCCCCAGAGCAGCAGAGAUGUGGAUGUUUCACCAGCACAAAUCGUCUCGCUCCCACAAGCAGCUUUCCCCGCAGUACAGCCCGCUGCUGCCCUUCCCCUCAGCCCAUCUCCAUCCUACAUCAGCCAGACUGGCUUCCCCUUCUCGAGCAUGCACAGCUCCGACCCCUCCGCACGAGCAGCAGAUGGAGGAGCUUCCUCCCACUCGCCAGUCCGAGCUGCCGAAGAAGACGCUCUGCAGGUAACGUCGCCAGCGCCUACCACGAGUGCGGACACGACAGACAACCUCUCCGAUUGCACGACGGAUACGCUCCCACCCGGCUACCCGAUGUCUGUACGCACGGCACGAGGGGUGGGUGGUCGAAGUGAGGAACGAGUUGGCGGUACUGCGAGUACGAUUGCAAGUGCGAGUGCGGGUGUAUCUGCAGGCAGAGGGAGUGGUGCUGGUGGUGCGGCUCCUGCGCUUACGAGGGAGAUGAGAGCGAUCGAGGCCUACUUGGGCGCGAGGAGUGGGCGGCUGGGAGCACUGUGAUACACUAGCUGGUGAGAUACCCUGUCACACGUGUACUAUCAGUCAGUCGAAUGCGAGAAACUGUUACUGUGCUGAGUAGCGUCGUCCUGC